CAUGCUUUUGUUCAAGCAGGGGCUGCAUCGUCAGGCAAAGUCUUGCACCCUCCACCAGGAAGUGUGCUAGGUACCUUCCCACUUAUCUCUACCCUUCCUGUUGGAGCCAAGGCAAUUAGUCUGGGCAACUUACCACCUGGUAUGACAGCUUUACCCAUCACGUCGCUCCCCCAGGGCACCACACAAACAAUGACGUUUUUUGCCCCUGUCCCCAGUGUAGGUACAUCCGUCUCAACCAUACCUGUCUCCUUCCCAGGUGCCAGUCUUAUUGUAACUACACAGAAGCAGCAAAAUAGCACUUCAUUAGCAAAAACUAUCAAAAGCACUCCAGGCUCUUCUCCCUUAGUAUCACCAACAUCCUCACCAGCCAAAACUAGUAAGUCAUCUGAGGCAAGUCCUGGUCAUGGCAACUCAGACUCUCUACGGGCACUGCUCGUGGGAAAACCUUAUACCUUCACACGAGUCACAACAACAGCUGCUUCACAACUAAGUCAAGCACCAGUUUUAUUUCAAAUGGUAACAUCUUCAGGGACCAGUCUUGUACCAAUUACAGCACAGCCUUUAACACUGACCUCAUCUACAGGGGCUACUAAGAUGCUCAAACCUAAAUCAGCAGCACCUGGGGUUAAGUCCAGUUACUCUGUAAUUAAGUCUCAUCCAUCCAAUGUUCCUAAUGGAGUGUCUUGUUUAACUCCCCCUAAAACUCCAGAUACAGAUGGUGCUUCAGAAGUUGCAGUGGCAGCAUCAUUAAGCAGGGUGAGUUUAUGUUUUUUGCAUUGAAAAAAAAAAUACAUUAAUCACUUGUGAAACGUGAGCCUUGGUUAAAUACCUUUAAAAAUAAUGAAAAUCUGAAUUUAUGACAUUCAACUAACAUGAACUUAUGAUAUAGAAGCAGGCCUGUUUACUCUUAAGAUUUUGACAGACAAUGUACGACUUUUGAGAUCUCUUUUACGAUUGUAUGCCAAGACCUGUCAGAACUACGAUUUUAAGAGACCAGGUUGAAAAUAUAUGCAUCUUGGUUGUUUUCCAAUUUUUUUUUAAAAUUAAAAAGUACAUUUUUGGCUUUUAAUUUUAACUUGUAUAUGCAUUCUACAUCCAGCAGUGAAUGGAUAGAGGAAAAAUGAUUGGUUAGGGACCAACCUAUUAUUUAAACUUUAAUUAUAUUACGUUUACCCAGAGAGGGGAAUAGAGCAGUUUUGAUUUAGGGCAUUUUGUGUGGGGGGUGGGGGGUUAAAUAUUUAAAUCUAUAAAAUUAACACCACUACAUUUUUUUUAAUGAUAAUGGUGAUAGUCCUAAUGUUGCUUUGUAUUUUCAUAAUGAACUCGCUAGACAUGGGAAUAGUAAUAUUAGCAUAGUCGCCCUAGUGAAAAUUUUGGCUAAUUCGGAACCAGCCAUCUAGUACACCUACAUACUGAGGGGUGGGGUUGUCCAUUUUUGAGACUUUGCAUACCCCUGCAUAUGAUUUGGGGGGUGGGUCUCGGCAGAAACCUGGUAUGUUAUUAAAAAUUCUACAAUAUUCAUCACGAAAGACCAAAAAUAGCAAAUUUAUAUCUCAAAUGCUGUAAAAAUAUCAUGCAAUGUUUUGUAGGAAUUAUCAUCAUAAUGUUGCCAUGUUCACAUAUGAACUCGCAAGAUAUGCUCAGAUGGUGCUCAGUAGUAGAGGUAUUACAGUAAUAUAUAGUCCACCAUAUGUUAAACGUGCAUGCGACACAUAUUUUGUUGGGCUAAGUGCUUCUACAAUUUUCAUUUCCUGGCACCAGGUGCCAAAUUCAGGUUUUCACCAGGCUCCCUAUGUUAAAUUGUAACAAGUACUCUUGGAAGUAACGAAAACAUAAACAAAACAAAAGGUUGGGUAAAAAUAUAUACAUAUAUAUUGCAUGUAUGUGGGUCACUAAGCGCCAUCUAGAUACUGGAAACAGUAGUUACUCAAGUGGGUUACUGAUAGCACCAUGACCGCUAGAUAAUGGAUUAUAAGUUGAAAUAAAAUUAUUAAAAUUUUGUAAUAUUUCGCAACGCCCCUGUGAGGAAGUUGCAGCAACCCAUAUAGAAAUAGGUGCAAAUAGCCUAUAGCACUACAAAACAAAGUGACCACAUAUUGCAACACAAACAUUGGUCAUCUAUUUUUAGAAGUUACCUUUUGUUAUGCCAGCUUAACUCGAUACCACUAGAGACGUGUUGUGAGAACUUAUUGUAUUCAUUAUGUAUACGGUAUGUUUAUUUAUUUACUUUUAAGAUACCAGUGCUGUAUUGUACGAUUUUGAGACAAUAUUGUAUGAUUUUGAGGCAAUAUUGUACGAAUUUAGGAGUUCGGGGGUAAACAGGUCUGUAUAAGCUAUACAGAUGGAAAAAAAAUCUGAAAUUUUAUCUUGUUUAAUUUAUUUAGCCUGUAGCUGGUCAGGUUGAAGACAGUGAAGUGAUACCACUAUGUUGUUGUAAAAUAAAUGGUGCUUCAUUCAACAAACUCUUUGCUGGUGUCACUUACUGCCAGGCACUAGACACUGUUGAUAACAAGGUAAGCUCAUUGGGAUAUACAAUAAAAUAUACUCUUAACUCUUUACAUUCCUUGAAUUUUGCAUGUUUGUCAUGAGAUUUCUAGUGACCUUACAAAAGAGUCAAUAAUUUUUAGAAUCCUUGUCUAACCAUUCAUGAUGUUUAUGUAUUAUUGUGGGGAAAUGCAUGAGGUUUCUAAAAAUAUUUGUUUUAAAAUACAUAAUGGCAAUACCUAGGAGUUGUGAAAAAAAUAAUGCUAUUUUUUUAAAAUGAAAAUGUGUAUAAAAAAAAAAGAUUGGUGAUCACAUGCAAAGAAGGAAAAAAACAAACCACAUGAAAUUAUUUAACAAAAUUUGUUUAUUUAGAAAGCAAAUACAUUUUCCUGUAUCAUAUGCAUGAUUUAGAACAUUUCAUGAGCAUUUGACCAAAAUGUUAAUUAUUUUGUAAAGUGUCAAAAUGGGGAAAUAAUUUUUAAAAAUAUUAAAAAUCUCCCCCCCCCAUAAAGUAUUCACAAAAAUUACUGGUUAUUAUUAUUUUACCUUUUAAAAAUUACUUAAAGAUUUUAAAAAAAUAAUAGAGAUUUUAAACUUCAUGGAACUGUUAUUCAGAAAGUUUCAUGUUUUUUUAACAAAGAUAAAUUUACCAUGCGCUAUAUUUGAUUUAUGAUUUUAUUUUCUUAGCAUUCCUAAUUUAUAGCACAAUGUAGAAUGGUUUUUGAAACUAUGCAAUCAGGAAUUAUUGCAUUUAAUUUAUAUUGUGUUUGGUGUUAUUUACAUUUGUAGCACUUGGAAAUCAUCACUUUUAGUAAAUCAUCUAAUGCUAAAAUAAUUUCCUCGGUGAAGUCAAUUGAGAAUAAAAUGUCAGGUAGCUUAGUUCAUCAAUAUCAUAGUUUUCUUUUGAACAAUCCCGAAGAGAUAAUAGCUGGCAUUAUCAACAAAAUGGAAAAAGGGGUUAGUCCAGUGCUGUUCUCUUCACUUAGAAUGAUCUAUUCGUGUAUCAACAGGUCAACACCACACAGGUCACAGGAAUGAAUUGUAUGAUUUCAAAAUUUGAUUUGACAAUAUUUGGUUUUUCUCCCCAAUAAUUGCCUAGAAAGACACCAUCAGUUUUGGUUUUGUUCACAAAAGAAAAUCCAUUUUUUGUCAUAUUAUUUGAAAUAAGUGAGGCGUGUCUAAUUUUCUCUCCACUGAACAUAGUAUAAAUUCUAUUGUCUCUUAUCCAUCACAUCAUAUCACAUUGCUUUGAUUUUUAUCUUUAUUUACUUCUGAUGAUAAAAUCUGACAAGUUCACUUUGCACAGUUUGUCCUCAUUGUCUGUUUCAAUAUUAGAAACUUUGAAGAAUGUUUUAUUUGAAUUAAUCUGUUUUUGGGAAUAAGGCAUGAGCCCACAAUUCAUGGUAGUAAUGAAACAUUGUUACGGUUGACGAGUUUUUUUGUACACUGAGGAUUUGUACAGUUGACAUACACAUUAGUAGUCCUAGAACGGUGUAAAAGUGGUAUAUUGUUGAAAUAUCAACAAACCAAAGUUGAUGGAAGGUUUAGAAGGUCCCAUGGUAGUUUAAUAGGUGUAUUUUACAAAUGUUUCAACCAAAGUCAGUGUGAAAGAUAUCUUGAAAAUCCUUAGACUAUAGGAUGCAGAUUGUAUCCAUGUUAUUAUGACAUUUCUUCCCACACGUCAGCCUGGCUUUCUGGCUGCGGGAAACUUAGGAGUGGGAGUCAGUGGGUCAUCAUCUCGAACCUCAUACAAGUCUAGCCUGUGAAUUUAAAAGAAGAUUUAAUAUUUUAGACCUAUAUGCAAAUAUUAGGGAUGCAAUGAAUAUAAAAUAUAUACUUAAUUAAAAUUCCAGUUUUUAAUACUUCAAAUAAUGUCUAAAAAUCAUUAUGAAAAAAAAAAAUUAGUGUUAGAUAAUUAAUUUUUUACAACACACAUUGAUGUCAAAUUUCAUGUCCUUUAGGAUGAAAUAUAUCAUAAUAAUCAGUGCCGACUGCAUAUUUUAUAUUCCUUAGCAACAGUUUCUAAGAAUAACAUUAUUUAUGUAAUAAAAUAUUCGCAAAUUAUACAAUGAUUUUAUUUGCGUAGAUUCAUUUUAAAAUGGGUAGUAAAUACUUCAAUUAUGAUUAAAAACACAAUUUAAACUGAUAAAAUAAAAAUAGAAGCAAAAAAUCUAUUAAAAACAUAUGGAGUGACGAAACACUGGAUUACUAACCUUAUAUUUUUAGUGACUAUAAUGGACUAUAAAGGGAGAUUCUCAUCAAAAUCUGAAUCAAAGUCACUAGAUUCAGGUUCCCAACUAUCUUUACCAGAUGUUUCAGAUAAAAUUUGAUCAAUGUUUUCGUCAGUAGUAUUCAUUAUUUAAAAUUUUGGGCUGCCGAGUUGACAAGCGUCUUGCAGAAAUUUUCCUAAGAUGGCAUGAACUCGAACUCACAAAAAAAUCAAUUUCCGUAUUAUUUAAAAUCUUAAAGUAUUAUUUUUUUUAUAUAUUUUUCUUCCAAAUGUAUGAUGUAUGAUAAAAUAGGUAUAGAACACUUCAAAAAUAAAAAAGACAAUAUUUUAUUAGCGAAAAUAACCAACGUAUAUAAUUAUACGCUCCUUAAAAAAGAGGAAUGAAAGGAGUUAAUUUAUGUGAAAUACAAUAUUCUUCCAUGAAAGACAUUCUACGUUUGAUAAACAGUUAACACAUAACUAAGAUUAUUCCUAAUUAUUUUGCCUUGACUAUUCCUCAGUGUCGAUUACCAUUAUGUAAUUUGUUAAAACCAUGAAACAGAAUGCAUAAUUUCAAAGUUAAGCUAUAAAGAUAUCUUGUUUAACCAUCUGAGUAUCGGGUUUUAAUGAUAUAAAGCAGGCAUGCACAACUCAAAAUGUAAGGCCGGCUGUAAUACUUUAUGAUAAACUUUUGCUGGCCAAAAGAAAAUAGGACAGGACUUGUGCAGACCAAAAGAAAAUAGGACAGGGGAAAGCUAUAAAUUAAAUAAUAAGAAUGAAGAAUAUUUCGUUACUUCGCAGGCCGCAAAGUGGGUGCUGGCCCGCGGGCCAUAUGUUGUGCAGGCCUGUUAUAAAGACUAACACUAAAAAUCUGUCACUUGCUUCUCCCACAGGUUUUGGGAUGCUGUAACAAGGUAACCAAUUCUCAGUUGGUCAGACCAGGGGUAAAGAUUCCAUUUAUGGCAGUGUGUGAAAUACAUCGCAAGCGUCUCAAAUUACACCAGUGUUGUCCAGGAUGUGGUCAUUUUUGUUCACAAGUGAGCAGUCUUUUAUUUUCAAUUCUUUAUUUUUCAAAGGUUUUAAAGUUAGCCUCUGAUCUUCCCUAAUGAAAAAUAAAUGCUGCCAUUUUUUAGAUAAACAAUGUUGAUUGGAAUUUUAAAUUUUAUUUUAUGUCUUGUAUCCUUUGUGUCUUAAGCACUCAGUGGCUGUAGAUGUUUAAUCAAUAUUUUGGCUGCACUUUGAUCUCCCUUAAAGUAUAGUUUUUAUUUAGAUCUUUAAAAAGAUAUCAACAUUUAAACUGUAGUUUCUUUUUCAAUGUUGGAGAUAAAUUAAAUAUGAUAGUUAUUUAAUAAUUAUUACACAUUGUUUGUAUUUUCAGGGUAAAUUCCAACAGUGCAGAAAAGAAGGCAAAUCGUCUGUUCAUAAUUUUCACAAACAGUGCAUGUUUUAUAGAGGAGGGAAGCAUUACUGCCCCCACUGUGGUGAGGAAACUUCUCAAUGUGAAGUUGAGCUAAAACUUAAUGAACAAAAGCCAGAAGAAGGGAAGGCAGUAUUACAGCGAACUACUAAAAGGGAAAUGGAGUGAGUUAAACACAUUCUUAGAUGUAUUGAAAUACUGAGUCUAAUUAGGUAUUACAUUUUGCCGAUGUGGCUACACAGCAUUAAAUAUGGGACAUUUUUUCUCCAGUUUUAAAACUACUCUUGCAGUCAUCCCUGCGGGGACAUGUUGAACUUUAUUACUUGAGCCAUUCAUGACUUGCUUAUUUUUUAAUUGAACUAAUAUCCUAAUAUUUUUUUCAGUCAAAUAGUAAAAUGUACUUUUUAAUUUAUUUUAAAAUUCCGUCUUAAAAAUUAAUUUUGAAACCCUUUUUUUUUCUGUAAGCCGAAAGACUGCUCGUAUAAGUUCCAAGAAUUUUGUGAAAAGUAGAUCAACUAAUGAACAGCCACCAGAAAUGAAAAUUGCUCUCUCUAAUAAUAAAACCAUAAAUUUUGGUAAGUGUUUGUUUUUUACUUGCUUGUUUUAGUUACAAUUUAAAUUAAUAGAAAAGGUUAAUUCUAUGAGAAUUUUUCUUUUUUAAUUUUAUGCUUUCAAAAUUUGACCCUCUCUUUUUCUUAGGUGCAUUAGCGUUAGGACCUGAUCAUCAAUCACUCACAAAACUGUGUAGGUGUACAGGGGAAGACAGGUAUUGCUUUUAUUAAUUCAUUCCUAUGUGCAAACCCCCCUCCCCUUUUCAGUUUUUUUUUCCAUAAAUUUUUUUUUUUUUUUAAAGUUGUAAGACUCGUUGCCCUUUCAAAUCACCAAAGUAUAGAUAUAUCUAUGAUUUGUUGUACACAGAUAUUAAUAUAAAAUCACUUUAUGUAGAACUAAGACCUUGUUAAAGGGGUCAUUUUAAAAUGUAUCUAAUUAAAUUAAACGCUAAUGAAAUGGCAUAUUUUGUUAAAUGUCUAUUUCCUUAAAAGCCUUGAUUUAUUUAUUUUUUAUUAUGUAUAGGGUGUUUUAUACCAAUUAAAUGUUACAUUUUCCCCUGUCUUUUCUUUGCAAUCAGACCAAAAAAAUAUAGAACUUUACCAAAAGAUCUAUAUACACCAGCUAUGGAAGGCGACUUGGAGAAAGUCUUUUAUUUACUCUGUAAGAUCCUAUUACAUUCUUAUUUAUUACUCGUGAUCAAAAUCAUUUUUACCAUAUUUUAAAAUUAAUAUUAUUUUGCUAGACUAUGUAUAAGCAAUUGAUAAGAAUUUGUUUACCUCUUUUUUAACUAUAUUUUACUGACUGCAUGGUUGUAGGGGACUUUUGCACUCACUUUCUUAAAUUCUUUUAAUUCAAAAAGUGGGCUUUUAAUUUGAUUUAAAUUCAUGUGGUUUUUGUUUUCCUGAUUGAUUUAUUUGUAUUUUAUAAUUUAAUUAAACUAUAUUUUUUUAAUUACAAACAUUUUUUUAUCCUAAUCUAUUUACAUUAUAAUGAUUUUCUUUAUUUAGUGGAUGGUGUUGAUCCAAAUAAACGUUAUGAAGAAAAUGAUGGCCAGACUGCCAUGCACGCAGCGGCCAUUUCAGGAAGUCUAGGAACUGUUUUUAUUCUAGAACAGGUAAAUCUACUCACAGUGCUUUCAAAUAUCUUUUUUUCACUGAAUAUAAAAGCAUUCACUUUUCCAGCCCAUUUGGUUUUAGUUCAUUAACUUUUAUUUUAAUAGAUUUGAUUAAUCUUAUUGUAAUUUCAUUAAGUGGGCUUUAUAUUAAUGUUGGGUCCUUUUUUAAGCUGGAGUUAGAAGUCACUAGAAGUUGUUGUUUUAAUUCUAACGAUUUGUUGUUGAUUUUUAAAUUUUUAAAAAAAAUUAUACAGUUUGGGGCUGAAAUACACGCCCAAGACAAAACACUGCGUACGCCUAUGAUGUGUGCUGCAGAAAAUGGCAACCUGAGUGUGGUUCAAUUUUUAAUCAAGUCUGGAGCUAAGGUGGAAGAUCGGGUUGGUACAAAAUAUUUUACUGUAUUAAAAAAUGCUACUGAAUUUUGUAACUAGGCCUAAAGCGAAGUUAGUGUAAUAAAGGGUUCAUUAGAUAGUAUUUUAUAGCCAUUUUAAUUGUUUCUAUAGUAUAGUAGUUACUAUCCUAAUGUCUCAUUUUUAUUUUAGUUAGUUUACAUGUUUUUAAUAAUUGUAAAGCGCUUAGAGCUUUAAGGUAAGCGCUAUAUAAAAAUGCCUAAAUAAAUAAAUAAAUAAAUAUUUUUGUUACAGGAUAAUUGUAAAUAAAGGCUGCUUAAAAAUGCAAUGUUUUGUAAUGAUGUUCAUAAAUGUAUUUUAAGAAAAGGAUAAGGUGGAAGUAGAUUGGUGUGCAUAAAAUAUAUAUUAUUUCAAUCUGACUCAUAAUACAACUUGAUAACACUUAAAAUAAAAUAAUAUUAAGUCUCACAUAAGUCCAGGACGACCCUUUACUAAGUAAUGAAAUAACCAUUCUGUUUUUUAGCUAAUAUUAAAUUACACUAUGGUAAAAUAAAAGUAUGUCUUCCUUGUCAUCAGCUGGUUUAACUUUGUUGAGAGUGGCAGACCUGUUUACUCUUAUGAUUUUGACGUACAAUUUUGAGGUGUAUACAUUAUAUAAACUGUAUGUUUAUUUUUUACUAUAAAUGUAAGGUAUUGAACGAUUUUGUGAUGAUAUUGUACGAUUUUAAGAGUUUGAGGAUAAACAGGUCUGGAGUGGACAAAUAGCCAGGUGGAAUAAUAGAUUGGUCAGCCCAUUGUGAUUCAGUUAAUAUUGACAUGGGAUGCAAAUCAGUUGUCCACAUGGUCACAACACAAUGGUUGGAAUGGAGAAAAUGUUUUAAGUAUAAUGUUUAAAUUAUAAUUAAAUUAUUGCAUUAUUUCUGUAGGGUGAAGAUGGAAUGACAAGUCUUCACUAUGCAGCAAAGGCUGGCUACAUUGAUAUUAUACAACAUCUUUUGGAAACUGGACAGCUAGAUAUUAAUAUUCAGGUUAGCUCCAACUUAACAAGGACAUAACAUGACAGCUGUUUUAUUUUUGUAAUUUUCUUAUCAUUAAAGACAAAAAUUGAUCACUAUUAUCUCAUGUUGAUCUAAACAAAUAUCUAAACAUGAUUUACUUUUUGCCAGUUGUUGGAUGAGGAUUAGAAUUAGCAUUUAUUUUCUUAUACAUCAUAUCCAGGAUGAUGGUGGAUGGACACCUAUAAUUUGGGCCACAGAAUCACAGUUAGCUGAUGUUGUAAGAUACCUGAUAAAGCAAGGUGGUGAUCCAAACAAAAAAGACAACGUAAGUCUCCUUAGUUUCUGAAAUGAAUUAUUUAAGAAUUAUCUUCCUGACAGAAACAUUAAGCAGUCUUACAUUCCAAUAUUUUGGAGUAAUUUUUAAAAAAAUUUUAUGCAAUUAAUGUUACAUUAUUGUAAAGGAUUUUUUUGUCUGAACUUUAAAUGUAUAGGAGAUAACAUUAUGUCAUCACAUAGAAGUAAUGAAUGAUUCCCUAAAUUAGCUUAGAUUGCUUAACAUUUUAUAAAUGGGCAGACUAAGGAGAGAACAUAGACAAUAUAGUGGGACUUUAUCUUUCUUAUUUUGUUUUGAAAUGCAGGAAGAGAAUACAGGUUUGCACUGGGCAGCAUUUUCUGGCAGUUUAGAAAUUGCUGAGAUGUUCAUUGAUCUUGGUUCUGAAAUUGAUGCCAUCAACGAACAUGGGGACAGACCACUGUGAGUAGUAGCCUAUUCCUUUUAGGCUUGUAUAGCUUACUUUCAUAUAAUGGUAAAUAAUAAAAGAUAUUGAAUGUUAGCAAUAAAUAUAACAGAAUAAACUUUAUAGAUUUGUAAUUUUGUUUGAUUUUACUCCAUUAUAAAAAUGUGUUUAUAGCUCCGAUCAUUUAGCAUAUUUAUGCAUCUAUUUUUACAGACAUAUUGCAGCAAGACAGGAUCACUAUGAUAUUGUUGUGUAAGUAUCCUCUUAAGAUUUAUUAAAUAUGUUUUCUAUAUAUUACUUGAAUUAUUUUACAGUUUCUAAAAUUCUUUUUAAAAAUUGAAAUUUAUUAUUUUCUUCAUUUAAAGUAAAUAAAAAGAUAAUUUAUGAGUUUAAAACACCCUGCCCCCCUUCCUUCUAAUUAUUAGUUAAUGGUGGGUUACAAACAGUGAUGCUUAGAGAAAAAAAUAAAAGGCACAAAUGUAUAAUGGAUAAAUGAAGCUUUAAUAAUGUUUUUGCUACAUAGAAAGUUAAGUUGACAAAGAAAUCAACAGCCUUAAGUUUACACCUCUACACACAUUUGAAUGUCUUUACUAUUCCUGAAAAAAAAUAUUAAAAAGCCCUAUUUAAAGUUGAGUGUUUUUAGAAAAAUAAUCUUCCCAUAUUAAUUCCAUUUUUUAAAAUAUGUUUUAAAUAUUUUCAGUCUUUUGCUUGCAAGAGGGGCUGAUGUUGACACAAGAAACAACAAGGAUGAAACACCUGUCGAUGUAACUAUAUAGUUUUAAUAAAAUGACAUAGAAUGCCAAUUCUAAUGAAUAAUAUUUUUCUAAAUACUUAAGUAUUGAAUUCUGAAUUAGUAAGUGUAAGUUGGUUCUGUGUUAAAAUUAUUAACCCUCCAAUUUAAUUUCAGUGCUGUGUAAACAAGACCGGGCAAGUGUGGAUGGCUCUGAAAGUCAAUCAACAAUUGAGAAGUUUUGCUGCACGGAAACUGAUACAGCCAGAAAGGCUUGUUGAAAGGUUAGUAAUUCAAUAUUGGAUUGGAUCUUUUAACCCUGCAGAAUCUCUACAUUGUUAUCUCCUAACUUUCUAUUGUUGACAUCCCUUAUUGUUAGAAUUUUUAUUUUUAUUCAAUUGCUGAAAACAUCUUUCAUAAAUGUUCAGCAUUCUGCCCUAAAGUGACCUUACAAUUAAUCAGAUUUACUUAGAGGUAUUACCUUGUGCUGCUUAAGCCAGCAUUUCAAAAGUGUCUUUCUUUAUAGACUGUCAUUUUUUUGACCUGUUAAAUGUUUAGAUAGAAUGUUUAAGAAGUUGAAACUUUUUCCAGUCUAUAAUGCUGAAAACAUUUGAAUACCUGGCAAGUAACCUUUGUUUCAUAAAAGAACAUGUCUUCACAUUUUUCAGAGAUAUUACAAUGGGCAGGGAGAAAAAUCCAAUAGCCUGUGUCAACUCAGAGGACAAUGAGCUGUGCCCAACUGAUUAUCUCUAUGUUAUAGAGAAUGUUGAAACCAGUCCUCUGAAUAUAAAUUAUGUUAUCACCAGUUUGCAGGUAGAUAUUAAAGAAAUGUGUGUCAAAAUGUUCACAUUGGUGUGUAACUUAACAUUCAUUUUUUUUUAACUUGAAAUUUCCAGGCUUUUUUUUUUUAAAUUAUUUAUUUAUAAAUUUCUUAAGUAUUGUUUUAAAUGCAUAAUUUGAAACCGAGAUACGUCUGAUUUUAUUUCCUUACAGAGCUGUAGAUGCAAAGACGAUUGCUCUUCCAUGUACUGUGUAUGUGGCCGCAGCAGCAUCAAG